AUGUUAGGAGAAGGGUUGGACCAAUUACCUCAACCAGAACAAAGUUUGUGCAUAUGUGAAAUGGAACGAGGCUUGGGGAAGAUGUGUGCGGACUUUUGGCUAUUCAAUGCAUCACUAGCGCAGCGUAACGGCCAUAAUGCAAAAAUUUCUUGGAUUUUGCCUAAGUUUUCCAUUUCGGAUGGAUAUGCAACAAACCGGGGUAAACAGCCCAUUACCUUCCACCAGCAGGUCAAAAUAUCCCCACCACCUUCUCCCACUCUCGCCCUUUCCUUUGUUCUCUACGACAGUGGCGCUAGCAAACUCGGGCAAAUUCCCAUAAAACUGAGGCAAAAUGCGGGAAUUUGCCUCGAUUUGCCUGUAAUUUCCGUUACGAUUGCGACGUGCUUUGCAGCGUUCAAUUUCCCAUUACAUAUACAGAAACAGGAUGAAAUGAAGAACGAAGGACCCGAAAAAUACGGAGGACCAGUCGGGUUUGGACAAGGUAACAUCAACUCAACUGCAGAGAAUGUGAUUCCAGACGAGACAUUAGAUGUGAACAAGGAUUCCAAUCCAGAUGUUAUUCCAGACGUGGAAAAUUCAACAUUUUCCAGCCGCUAUUGAAAUAAAUUACCAUAAAUCAUUUUGAUGGUUAUGGAAAAACCAUAAAAAUCCUUUUCUUGGUAUCUAUAUGCAAAUAUAAUUAAUAAAAAUGCACGCGAUUGGUAAGGAAAUAUUUCCUUAAAAUGAGUUUUUGCUUUUUAGAUGUAACACAAUUAUUUUCUAAGAGAGUAAAAAGAGCAGUUUGUUCUUACCGGUUGUGAAUUUUCCGCCGUGGAAAUGAGAAACACUUUCGUGAUAUUGUGUAAAAAGUACAAUAUCCUUGGAUAUUGGAGCUAGCUGGACUACGAACUACCAUAACUUAAUUAAAUAAUGCAUAGACAUAAAAAAUGAAAAAAAUAAAGAAUAAUAAAAUACAACAUAACUUUAUUUAUUUAUUUCAAUAUCAUACAUUUCAAAUUCAAUAUAGUCAUUUAUAUAAACUGGAUUAAUGAAUUUAUUAUAUUUAUAAGACAAGUACUACCACAGAGUAGUAUUAUAUAUAUGGAUAUAUUUUAAAGAAAAAAAAAAUAGUAAUAAUGUAAUUUUAAUGUUGAUUAGUGUUUUGUUGUUUUUUAAAAAAGAAAAAGAAUUUCGGAAACGGCUUUUGGAGCCGAAACGUUAAAAAAUAAUAAUUUUUAAUUAAUGUAUUAAAAUUGUAAGUAUGGACUGUGAGAUUAAAUAAGGGUUUUAUCAAAAAUAAUCUUAUAUUGAUUCAAUAUAAUAAUUUUAUUUAUUUAUUCCAAUAUCAUUUGAACUUCAGUAUAUUUAUUCAUAUAAACUGGAUUAAUCAAUUUAUUAUAUUUAUAUUUAAUCAAUAUUGUAACAUAUCACAUUAUAUUAUUCAUUAGAUAAAAACUAAAUCUAAUACAUACUGUAUUUUGUUAUAUUAUUUUUCUGUUUAAUUUAUUGUGUAUAGAGGGUGAAUAUACUCACUGAUCACUUAUAAAUGUCCUUAAUUGAGUCAGAUUGUAAUAUUUCUUGAUAAACAAGUUCUAAAAAAAAAAAAAAAAAAAAAAGCAGAACUGUAU